AAAUCUCCAAUACAGCCUGCAUCCAUCCCUCAGAUCCCUGAAAAGACCACCUUCAUCACACUCCUGCAGACACUGGUGCUCAUCCUCCUCAGACUCUUCCUCUCCUUCAUCCUCCUCUUUAUACCACGUGCUGAGCAGCGGCGUGGCUCCGCAAAGCCCGACUGCUCAUUCCACAGCGGCCCCUGCACUCGAGACCCGCUGGUGCUGAUGGGGAAUGGCCGCACGGGCCGCCGCUCCACACUCAUCUGUCCAGAGAGACUCAAAGACUUCGGAGCUGAAGAAUACCUGAACGGAGAUGUGAAGACCUUCCAGACCAGCGUCUCUGAGCCGGCGGAGCUGCAGCUGAUGUCCACUCCGAAACCAGCCGCGAAGAAGAGCAGCGACAGCAAGAAGAGCAGCACACCACCAGCUCCAGAACACCUGCGCUUUCAGGACAUCAGCGCUGCGGCCUUCAGACUACAGCAGUCCAGCAUUCAGAAAACACCCUGCACGUACUCCAGACUGUCCAAACAGUACGGCAUGGAGAUUUACCUGAAGAAAGAGCUGCUCCACUACACCGGCUCAGUAAAGGAGAGAGGAGUGCUGUACAUGCUGUCCUCCCUCAAGCAGGAUCAGCAGAGGAAGGGUGUGAUUGUGGCCACAGACUGUAACUUCUCGAUGUCGGUGGCGUAUCAUGCGGUGGAGAUGCGUAUCCCGGUGUUCGUCAUUAUGCCAGCGUGCAGCUCUCCUCCUCGUCUGCGCAUGUACAGAGAUUAUGGAGCCAUGGUUAUUUCCUACGGCAGCACAGCCCGAGAUUCAAUCAACCACGCCCGACACCUGGCCAAGGAGAACGGAUACCUGUGUCUGGAGGAAGACGACAGUGCUGUGUAUCUGGCAGGUCUGGGAACAGUGGGCAUGGAGAUCUAUGAGCAGGUGCCCAAACUGGAUGCUGUGGUGGUGCCAGCGGGUGGACAUUGUGGCCUACUGGCAGGAACUGCAGCCGCCAUCAAACACCUGAACCCUCGCAUCUCUGUCAUAGGUGUGGAGCCGGAGGAGUUCCCUCUUCUCCUGCAGUCGCUCAAAACAGAUUCUCCCAUUAAAGACCUCUACUGCAACCCCAACAAGAAACUCUACAGAGAUCUGGUGGAUCACUCUCUGGGCACACACACCUUUCAGCUGGCCAAGAAACUGGUGGACAAAGUCAUUUCUGUCAGAGAGGCGGACACUCUGGUGGCCAUGCUGCGCUUCCAGGAGUUUGAGCGCUGCACGGUGGACACUGAAGGAGCCAUGGGUCUCGCCGCCAUCCUGGCUGGACAACUGCCAGAGCUCAAGGGCAAAAGGGUGGCGGUGGUGGUCAGCAGUGCUAAUAUGGAGCUAGACCUGGUUCUGCAGUGUUUGGAGAGAGCUCUGGUUCUGGAUGAUCGAGUCUGUCGCUUCACUGUUCAGCUGGGAGACUGGCCCGGUGAUAUGGCCAAACUGCUGGACCUGCUGGCCAGAGAAGACGUCAGACUGUUGGAUGUGUGUCACAGACGCUACAGUGAUAAAGCAGAGCUCUUCAAAGCACAGGUGGAGUGUGUGGUGGAGAUGAGGGACAAAAGUCAGAACUCACAGCUGCGGCGGACGCUGUCAGACCGAUACCCGUCACUGCGCUGGCUGGAGCGGUGAUACAUACACACACACACAAACACACACACAUAUACACAUCAAUGCUUUGGCUGAAGCAAAGUGGUAAACACACACACACACACACACAUUAAUUUGUUGGAUUUGAAACAACACACACACACACACACCUGUCACUGCGCUGGCUAAAACAGUGCCACACACUCACACACAAACACUCUCUCUCUCUCUCUCUCUCUCUCAGAAACAAACACACACCCAUCACUGCAGACCUUGAAGUGAACACACAAAAACACACACACAACUGUCACUGCACUGGCUAGGGUGGUGACACACACACACACACACACACACACACACACAGAUAAAGUGUUUAGGAGGAAGAUUAAGGUUACUUAAUAGAGUCAAUGAUGUCACAUGAAAGACCAAGAGAUCACUGAAUACACACACACACACACACACACACACACUACAGUCCAGAAGAGUGAUGUGUUUGAGUAUUAUGGGAUGUCCUGUAGACAGAUGAUCAGCAGUGUUAUACUGUAUAUACUGUACUUAUUAACUCACUGUAUAAAGUCAACCUGUCUCAACCCAA